AUGCAGUCGUUUUUACAAUACAGGAGGUUCAGGGCAGCGGUGCUGGACCAGAUUGAAAGAGACAAGGCUAAGGCCGAGGGACGCAUUGGUCAAGGACAUGACAGACGUACGCCAGCUGAAGGAGAUGAAUCUCCCAGCUCUUCUGCCAGCGACGACGACAAGAUCGACCUCGAGAAGGGAGAUGCCGCGAGAGAUGUUGCUAGCACGGACUUUGGCUCUCGCAGCCUCCCUGCCGGAGUUGGAGUUGGAGACAUGCCUCCCGAGCGAGGCCAGCCUUUGUCGCGCGAUGAGUCGAGACGGGUGGAAGAGAACCAGAUGUCGCGGGAUGAGCAGCAAGACAUCGAAGGGAAGCUGGAAGAGGAGGAGAAAUUGGGUGAUGAAGAGCAAGAGCAAGAGCAAGACGACUACGAGCUUGGACUGAAUGCUCGCUCUACGCUGUCGAGAGCUACGACGCAGCAGUCGAUCGGAACUGCGCUGGGAGCUGUGAUGACAGGCAUCGAAGUACGGAGAAGAACCACAAAGGAGGGAGGAGAUGGCAAUGUCUUCGUUGUCGGCUACGAGGGCAAGAACGAUCCGCAAGAUCCUCAUAACUGGAGCAUGCUCACCAGGAUCAGAUGUACUUUUACCAUCGCCGGCAUUGGCUGCGUUGUUGGUGUCGCCAGCGCCAUUGACUCCUCCGCUCUACCUCAAGCUUCCAGGGAGUUUGGUGUCAGUGAGGUGGUGGAGAGCUUAGCGACUGGACUCUUUCUUGUCGGGUUCGGGGCUGGAUCGCUGUUCGCUGGACCCAUCUCGGAGACGGUGGGACGCAACCCUGUCUACAUCGUGACGCUGGCAUUAUACAUGAUCUUCAUCAUGGCCAGCGCACUGGCUCCCAACAUUGGAGCUCAAUUGGCCUUUCGCUUCAUCGCUGGCCUCUUCGGCGCAACCCCAUUGACUUGUGCCGGCGGAUCAAUCUCAGACCUCUGGAGCCCCCUCGAAAGAGUCUACACCUUCCCUAUUUUCGCGAACGCUGCAUUUACUGGCCCCCUUCUCGGUCCCGUCAUGGGCGGCUUCAUCGCCCAGAGCUCCGCUGUCUCCUGGCGAUGGGUUGAAUGGACUACGCUCAUCUUCUCCGGCCUGGUCCUGAUUAUCGUCAUCUUGUUCCAGCCGGAGACAUUCCCACCGAUCUUGCUGAAGUGGAAAGCCCAGCAUCUGCGCGAGAUCACAGGCGACAACAGAUACCGUGGCUCAGUUGAAAUCCGACAAGAAUCGCUGUUUGUCCGGCUGAGGCGGGCAAUGUACCGGCCUUUCCUGCUUACAGCGCGAGAGCCGAUUGUCAUUCUGGUCGCGCUAUAUCUGUCGGUCAUCUACAUUGUUUUGUUCACUUUUCUGGACGGCUACACAUACAUCUAUGAGGAGACCUACGGCAUCUCGCAAGGCUUGACCGGACUCUGCUUCCUAGGAAUCAUUGUCGGCCUUUUCGGAGCUUCUGCUUUAGUCCCUUUGAUCUACCAGUGGGCUAAGCGCGAUUUGAAGAGGAUUCAGGAGCAGGGCGGCGAUCGCCUGCCUCCGGAGUUCAGGCUGUGGUAUAGCAUGCUCGGCGGUGCGUUCGCGAUUCCCAUCUCCCUGUUCUGGAUGGGCUGGACGGCAAGACCUGAUAUUUCGAUCUGGAGCCCGCUUGUUGCAUCCGUGCUGUUCGGCUAUGGCAUCCUCUGCGUCUUCAUCACCUGCUACCAAUACAUCAUCGACUCCUACGAAACCUACGCCGCGUCCGCGCUGGCUUCUAUCACGCUCAUCCGCUACGUCGUCUCAGGUGGCAUGGUCGUGGUCGGGAUUCCAUUCUACGAGAAUUUGGGAGUGGCGUAUACGUUGACCAUCAUGGCUUGUUUGAGCUGUGUAUUGGUACCGGUGCCCUAUGCGUUCUACAAGUAUGGAGGUUGGAUACGUUCGAAGAGUCGAUAUGCUAUCAAUCCUAAAUAG